UCACCUUCAUCUCAAGUCCUAGUGGAAGCAGCGUCUUCGGAAUUUUGAGAAAACCCGGCGUAACGAACGCUCCUUCCUCUUCUGUAUAUUUGCUCAGUAUACCCCCCCAGAAUGUCCUGGACAUUCCAACUGCAGAAGAUCAACCAAUCUUUCGAAAAGAUUGCAGGAUGGUAUUACGAGUUCUUGCAGAGGACCGAAGAUGCCUUUCUUGCUCUACAUCAACGCAUCUCGUAUCUGGAAGAACGGCAGGCUCGUGGUCCUAGUGACGAACAAGUUGAACGAGUGCUGCGCAAGAUCCUGGCCGAACGAUUUGCAAGCGACAACUCACACCGAACAGACUCCAUGGAUAUGGUGAAAGGCAGCAACUUCUUUGUUGAAGAUGCGAAAAAUCGAUCGACGAUCAGGCCAAUUAAUAUCGAUGCAGCAUCACUGUUCGUCGAACCUGAGUCGGUACCGUCCAGGGCGUACGCAGAGACAUUUCAGAUGCUCGAAGGCCGUCUUGCUGAGUACCCACGCAUGCACCAACAAGGGACAGUCGAAGAUCAUGCCUCCUAUGGUAGAAUCAAGGUCGAACGCGAAACUCCAUUACUAUGAGGCGGUUCAAGAUCGGCCAACCAAGUUUGGCCUACUGUCUUGCAUUCUCUACGCUUCAUGGUACCUGCGACAAUUCGAGUAGACUGAGGCCAGGCUGCAGGAGACUCUCAUCCUUGACACGACCACUCUACCAUGACACCGACGCUCGUUAACCACCACAACUACCACUAUGCUUAGUGCAUACAUCGACUACUGCCGCCUUCAAGCAACGCUAGUCAUUUUUGAGAAUUGUUAAGUGUCAGGCUGAACCGUUUC